AUGGAGUCGAACAGUGACGUGCGCCAGCAGGCUCACCGCGAAAUUCCUGAAAUGUUCCGUCCGCCCGUCAACCGCGCAAUGCGCACACUGGACCGGUCAUUCUUCCGCAAAACGGUGCCGGUCUCCGCGGCCAAAAUCUUCAAGAAUUCAGAAAUCUCGCACGUGCGCAAGGUCCUUGGAAGUAACAAGGAGCUGCUCGUUCUACCGCGGUUGAAUGUUGUGCGGGAAUUACAGGAUCAGGAUGGUGUUAAGAAGGCACUUCUACUGCGCGAGGACAUGAAGCAUGAUGACAAGUCGACAUGGUCGCCUACUGUUACGGAGUUGGCUGAGAAGGGCACCGUGGCUAUCAUGCCUUACAAUUUGGAACUUGACUACGACUCUUGGACAUACGCUGAGAUCGCCGCUUCGAUCUUACCGCAAAAUGAGGAAAUGCCCGAAGUCCCUCAAGGCUUCACGCAAGUGGGGCACGUCUUGCACCUGAACCUCCGAUCGCAUUGGUUGCCGUACAAGCACAUCAUUGCUCAGAUUUUAAUGGACAAGAACCCCGCUAUCCGUACCGUGAUUAACAAGACCGAAGAUGUUGGCUCACACAGCCAGUUCCGUACUUUCCCCUUCGAGCUACUGGCCGGCGACAACGACCUGAACGUCAUUCAGCAUGAGCAAGAUUGCGAGUUCCGAUUCGACUACUCGCGUGUUUACUGGAACAGUCGUCUGGAGACUGAGCACCGCCGACUUGUGGAGAAGUUCCAGCCUGGACAGAUGGUCUGCGAUGUCAUGGCGGGUGUCGGUCCCUUUGCUGUGCCUGCAGGACGUAAGCGCAUCUUCGUCUGGGGUAAUGACUUGAACCCGCACGGCUAUGAGGUCAUGCAAGAUGCUAUUCAGCGUAACCGCGUUCAAGACUUUGUUACUCCGUUCAAUAUGGACGGUCGAGAGUUCAUUCGCCAUUCGGCAAAGGCCCUUUUGGAAGCUGAGCCGGUCACUGUCACUAUCGAAGGUAAGAAACGCAGAGAGAAGAGGAGAAAGACUGAGGAGAAGCCGGAAGAGGAGAAGCCUUCGCCACCUCCUCAGGUGUAUACUCGCCCAUCUAUUGUCGACCACUAUGUCAUGAAUCUCCCCGCCACCGCCAUUGAGUUCCUUGACGCAUUCCAGGGUCUUUAUACCGGCAAGGAGGCUCUGUUCGCCCCGCAAACCUCUCAGCUCCUGCCCAUGGUCCACGUCUACUGUUUCUCGGGACACUCCGAGAACGAGGUCGAUGAUCACAUCGACGUUUGCCAGCGGAUUUCCGAGCGCAUUGGCUAUACCAUCACCCACGAAGACCGUGUUGGGGGCAGCGGCAAUGCUGCUAUUGAGCUUGACAUUUACAAUGUCCGUCUGGUCAGUCCGAACAAGCAAAUGUUCUGCGCCAGCUUCCGCCUGCCCGCGGAGGUCGCAUUCCGAAAGGUUUAA